GCCUGGUAUAAACCACGGCGGUCGGACACUGCUGACAUCGUUGACUCCCUAGGCAACCCAAUCCUCACCCCCGAGGAUCUACGCGACAACGCCGGCCCGACCUUCCAUUCUGCGGAAGGUCGGCCCGUAGACCUCACCAUCGUCGACUCUAUGCCGGCUCUCCCGGCCCGCGAUUGGCCGCCCUUCUCCCGUCAAGAGCUCCUCGACGCUCUCCACGCCACCAACUCCCGGUCCGCCCCCGGCUGGGACCACAUCACGUGG